AUGAGUGAUUUCGAAAAUGCCACAGAGGCCGCGUCUCUAGCUGUGCAGUUCGACCAAGCUGGACAAGCCGAUAAAGCGGUAGAAUGCUACCGUACAGCUGCACGUUUGCUCGACAGAGUUUGUUCCCAAGUUUCUCCUAGUAAACAACCAGAUAUAAGAAGUAAAGUUAGAGAAUACCUCGAAAGAGCGACUUUUUUGCAAGAACAAAAAGACAAAGCACAACAAGCGGAAAGUGAGCGUGGGCUGCAGAAAUGUUACUUUUUAAUGCAACAAGCCUUAGACGCUGAUGAAGCAAAUUUAAAGGAUUUAGCGUUGCAGUUGUAUCUGCAAGCAGUUGAAUUGGCCGUCUCAGUUAAAACUAGCGACUCGGACAUUAGUUCCAGAAUCAAAGGUUUUGCAAAACAGGCUCUAGACAGGGCAGAGGAAAUAAAGGGUAUAAGGAGAAUAGGUGCCUUAUCUAUCACUGAACCGAAGAGACCGCCAGUUGUAUCCCCAAGCAGAGCGCAACUCCAAAGAGAGCAAAGUGUACACCUCAAAGUGAGCGGAAAGCAAGUCUACACAGAGGAAGAGAAAGAAGUCCUACGUCAGACCUCCAAUAUCAACAACAAUUGCUUCCUACCUUUCAUGGACGUGGAUUUGUCGGAGAAGUUCCAAUAUGCCAUACCGUUUGAGGACAGAGCUAGUGAGUUAAGGUUAUCCUCGAAGCAGGCGAAAGAGUUUGACAGCUGGGUUAGGCCCCACGAAGUGUCAAGUGACCCUAAGUUAAUUGUUGGCGACCAUGUUGAUUGUUUCAGUAUUAAGCAAACUAUAGUAUCAGACUGUUCCUUUGUAGCCUCACUGGCAGUUAGUGCCUUGUAUGAAAAGAGAUUUAAUAAGAAGAUUAUAACGUCAAUAAUCUAUCCAAAGAAUAAAAAUAAAGUGCCAGUGUAUAAUCCAUUCGGGAAAUAUAUGGUUAAGUUGCAUCUUAACGGAGUGAGAAGGAAGAUAAUAAUAGACGACCGUCUACCGUACAGCAAGUAUGGCCGUCUCCUAUGCUCCUACUCGAGCAACAAGAACGAAUUUUGGGUGUCGAUGCUGGAGAAGGCGUACAUGAAGGUCAUGGGUGGUUAUGACUUCCCCGGAUCAAACAGUAAUAUAGAUCUACACGCUCUUACCGGGUGGAUCCCAGAGCGAUGCGCGAUACGAAAUACUGAAGCCGACUUCAACGCUGAGGCUCUGUACGAGAAGUUGAGGACUCGACUGGAGAGUGGGGACGUUCUAGUCACUGUCGCAACUGGCGCACUGGAUGAUGUCGAGGCGGAGAGGACUGGGCUGGUAGCGGCGCAUGCAUAUGCUGUUCUGGACGUGCGACUUGUAAAUGGCGUACAACUCCUCAAGCUGAAGAACCCCUGGUCUCACCUCCGGUGGAGGGGGAACUACAGCGAACUGGACACCGCCCACUGGACCCCGACCCUAAGAGCCCAGCUGAACUACGACCCGGACAGCGCAGCGCAGUACGACAACGGCGUGUUCUGGAUAGAUUUCACGAGCAUAUUGAAGUUCUUUGAUGUAUUCUACUUGAAUUGGAAUCCAGAGUUAUUCAAAUACACAUACUGUAUACAUCAGAAAUGGGACGCGGGCAACGGGCCGGCCCGGGACGCGUACAACGUCGGGGAGAACCCCCAGUUCUCCCUCCACGUCCAGGGCAAGGGGGCAGUCUGGCUACUCCUCACCAGACACAUAACCCAGAUUGACGACUUCAGAGACAAUAAGGAGUAUAUAACGCUCUUGGUUUAUAAGAAUGGACAGAGAGUUUACUAUCCAUACGACCCCCCUCCGUACAUCGACGGCAUCCGAAUCAACAGCCCCCACUACCUAUGCAAGAUAAUCACCAAUGACACAUCGGCUGAUAAGUUUACCCUCGUUGUGUCUCAAUAUGAAAAGUCGCGUACGAUCUUUUAUACGCUGCGUGCGUACGCGACUUGUCCCUUCUCGAUGGGCAAAAUUGAACCUUACCCCUAUAGAAAGACGAUCCGAGGCGAGUGGACCAGCAGAACGGCGGGGGGUUGUGAAAACCACCCCUCCACUUAUCCAAAUAACCCAAAAUUUGUGGUCACCAUCCCAGACUGUAGGACAACGUGUCACCUGGUGGCGGAGCUCAAAGGACCCAAGCAGUACCAGAUCGGGAUUGACGCGAGGGUCGAGUCUUUGGAAGACCCAGGUGUCACUGCGCCGUUCCUCAAAGAGUCUUCUGGACCAUUUAGGUCUGGCUUCGUGGUUCUGCAGCUGCGGAACCUGCCAGCUGGUCGAUACAUACUCACCCCGUCCACGUUUUACCCCGGCGAGGAAGGUCCCUUCUUCCUGGAGCUCAAGUCUACGUGCGAGGUUUCCUGCGAACCACGUCACUAG